UUCAGUACCAAAAGCGGUAACCCCGAGCUACACUCGGGAAUACCAUGCGGCGCUGCUCCGGCAUGUGUUCUUCACUUUACCUUACCCUGCGCUCCCACGAUGUGUGUCCCCCUGCAGUGUCCCCGGCCAUCUCCUCCGGCCGAUGCCGGCAUCCGGCUUCUGUCUCCUGUCCCUGUGACGUCGGGACGUACGGGCGCCGCCGGCGGCGGGAAAUUUAAAAAAUUUAAAAAUUUUAAAAAAUGUCAUUUUUUUUUUUUUUUUCAUUUUACACAUGCUUUGUCCGGCGCCCUGCCUGCAUUUUGUCUGUUCUUUCUG